AUGCCGGCAUUCAGCAAAGUCGCUCUCUUCUCCUCCCUCAUCGCCUUCGUUGCGGCCCAGCAACCUGGUUCCGUCACCGCCGAGACCCAUCCUGGCUUGACCUCCUCCGUCUGCACUCGAUCUGGUGGCUGCACAACUAAGAACACCAAGAUUGUCGUCGACGCUAACUGGCGUUGGCUCCGAAACAACGAGGCUAACAAGUACAACAACUGCUACACCGGAAACAGCUUCGAUGCCACUCUCUGCCCCAACAACGCUGCCUGCGCUGCUAACUGCGCUCUUGAGGGUGCUGACUACCCUGCCACCUACGGUAUCACUACCAGCGGCAAUGCUCUUACCCUCAAGUUCGUCACUCGUUCGUCCACCACCAACGUUGGUUCUCGUGUCUACUUGAUGGAUGACGACACCAACUACACCAUGUUCGAUGUCUUGAACAAGGAGUUCACCUUCGAUGUCGAUGUCUCCAACAUGCCUUGCGGUGUUAACGCUGCCUUGUACUUCGUUGAGAUGGACAAGGACGGUGGUAUGGCCAAGUACCCAACCAACAAGGCUGGUGCUAAGUACGGUACCGGUUACUGCGACGCUCAGUGCCCACAUGACAUGAAGUUCAUUGCUGGUGCUGGUAACGUUGAGGGAUGGACUCCAUCCUCCACCGAUACCAAUGCUGGUCACGGAAAGUACGGUGCCUGCUGCUCUGAGAUGGAUAUCUGGGAAGCCAACUCCAUCUCUAACGCCUACACCCCACACACUUGCCGUGACACCGGUCUCUUCCGAUGCGGUGACGCCACUACUUGCGGUGAUGGCAGCAACAGAUAUGCUGGUGUCUGCGACAAGGACGGUUGUGACUUCAACCCUUACCGUCAAGGUAACAAGAACUUCUACGGUCCAGGAAAGACCGUUGACACCACCAAGAAGAUCACCGUUGUCACCCAGUUCAUCACUGACGACCAGACCGCCACUGGUAAGCUCGUUGAGAUCCGUCGUGCCUGGGUCCAGAACGGUGUUGUCAUCCAACAAUCCAAGAACGAAUGGCCCGGCAUUGGUGACUUCAACUCCAUCACCGAUGAGUACUGUGUUAACCAGAAGAACGUCUUCGGUGACAACCCGUACUUCAACGUCAACCACGAGGGUCUCGUCGGUAUGGGCAAGUCCCUCAAGCGUGGACACGUCUUGGCCCUCUCCAUCUGGGCUGAUCACGCUGCCCAUCUCCUCUGGCUCAACUCCCCAUACCCAGUUGACGCUGACCCGUCCCUCCCCGGUAUUGCCCGUGGUUCCUGCUCUACCACCUCCGGUGAUCCAAAUGAGCUCAUCCAGUCCGUUCCAAACAGCUCUGUCACCUACUCCAACAUCAAGAUUGGUGAGCUUUGCUCCACCUUCGGAACCGGUGUCACUGUCCCAUCCGCUCUCUGCGGCCCAUACGUCCGACCAGGCACUGGCAACACCAGCACCACCACUGCUCGCACUAGCACCACCACUGCUCGCACCACCACCACCACUGCCCGCACCACCACUGCCGUCACCACCACUGCCCGCACUACCACUGCCGCCACCACCACUCCCCGCACUACCACCACCAGCAGCGCUGGCACCGGUGGCCAAGCUCAGAAGUGGGGACAAUGCGGUGGUAUCGGCUGGACUGGCCCAACUGCCUGCGUCUCUGGCUCCACUUGCCAGUCUCUCAACCCAUACUACAGCCAGUGCUUGUAA